GUAUCAAGCAAAGCUUAUGCGAAUUUCUGCAACAGCAGCUGUAUAUGAUAUUCUUACUGAACUGCAGGAGACAUUUGACUUUCCCCUUCUGCGUGAUUUGUUCAGCAAUACCAUCAUGAAGAACUAUCCUGAUUUACGUCGCAGUUACACAAUCUUCAAAAGAGAGAUAUCAAACAUAAGCAAUUACCUGGAAUAUGAUGCAGAAGAAAAUGAGGGGAGAUCUGGUAUUCAACUAAGCCUUGAACAAGGAACUGAUAGAAACUCAUAUCCAAACAUGCCUUGGAGUGGCCCACAUCCCCUGAAUAAUGCUGGUACAGCCACAUCUGAUAAUGGACUCUCAAAUGACAUGUCUGAAGAAGAGAUAAGUGUGAUUGUUGAUACAACCACUGGCAACAACGAUGCCCUAGAAAGCCGACAAGCAAAUGAACAAUGUGCCCAGCAGUCUGAACCAGCAGGAGCAGAUCUACCAAACCAUGGAAUCCCAGUGAGUUCCAGCUCUAUAGCUCCAAUGAACAUAAAGAAGGAAAAGCCAUAUUUUAAUUCAGGAGUUGAAUGGGAAGCCCAAGGAAGGAGUGACUGUAACCAGGCAUCUGACAUAAUAGACAUCAGCAGUGAGGACUUCGUGGAACGCAGAAACAGAGAAGAGGCCCCAGAACCUUCCACCUCAACAGUGAAAAGGAAAUCUGGUACUGUGAAUCCUGAAAACAACUCUAUUCCAGAAAAAGCCAAGAAGAAAAGAAGGACAGGAGAGCAGCCAGGUGUGCCUGUGGAUUUUCAAGAUGAAAUACUUCCUGUGAAUUGUGGAGAGAAGAAGGGGCUGUUAAUUAAGAGGAAAUUGGAACGAGGAGCCACAAGGAAGUGCAUAAGAACUGAAGAUGGAAACUGGUUCACCCCCCAAGGAGUUUGA